GUGUCUCGCGCUACACCUUACCCCGCUCGGUGUCUCUGAAGGCGGAAAUGUCACGCGGCUGCGGCUCCGCGUUCACGCGCACGUCCGGCUGCUCAGCUCCACGCGCUUUCGGUCUAAUCGGUGUCCCAGGACGUCAGGACGAGUUCACGGAGACGCGCUGCCGCGGGAGAGCGCUGCCAUGCCCGGCUUAGAUUACAAGUUUCUCGAGCGCCCUAGACGCCGCUUUCUGUGUCCUUUGUGCAACAAACCGAUGCGGGAGCCGGUGCAGGUGUCCACCUGCGGACACAGGUUCUGCGAUACCUGCCUGCAGGAGUUCCUCAGUGAGGGUGUGUUCAAGUGCCCAGAAGAUCAUCUGCCUCUCGACUACGCUAAAAUUUUUCCGGAUGUUGAGUUGGAGCAGCAGAUCCUGGCUCUGCCCAUCCGCUGCAUUCAUAGUGAGGAGGGUUGCCGCUGGUCAGCACAGAAUAAACAACUUCAGACCCAUCUUUCAGUAUGUACCUAUAACGUGGUGCCGUGUCCUAACCGCUGCAUGAUGAAAUUGUUGAGACGUGAUCUUCCUCAGCACCUGGAGCACGACUGCGCUAAGAGAAAGCUGCGAUGUGACCACUGCGCCGAGGAGUUCACCGGGGAAGCGCACGAGAGUCACCAGGACAUGUGUCCAGAGGAGAGUGUGUACUGUGAAAACAAGUGCGGGGCUCGUAUGGUGCGCAGACUGCUUACUCAGCAUUCUCUGUCCGAAUGCUCCAAACGCAAACUGUCCUGCAAAUACUGUAGCAAAGAGUUCCUCUAUGACACCAUUCAGCAUCACCAGAGCAGGUGUCCAUGCUUUCCAGUGCAGUGCCCUAACGGCUGUGGCACACCCGGCAUCAUGCGAGAGGAUUUAAUGACCCAUGUUAAGGAGAACUGUGGGACUGCCAUGGUGCUCUGUCCCUUUAAAGAUGCUGGCUGCAAAUACAGAUGUUCCAAGCCUGCAGUAGCGCAUCACCUGGACGAGGCGGCGCACUCUCACCUGUCGUUACUCUGCGGCCUUGUGAACAGACAGAGACUGGAGCUGCGUGAGCUGCGGCGUCGCGUGGAGGAGCUUUCCGGAAACCAAGACGGCACUUUGCUUUGGAAAAUCCCCAACUAUAGCCGUCAUCUCCAGGAGACCACAAAUGGCUCCAAUGGCAAUUUAGAGCUCUUCAGCCCUGCUUUCUACUCUCAUCGCUAUGGAUACCGUCUCCAAGUCUCCGUCUUCCCUAACGGCAACGGCAGCGGUGAAGGAACGCACCUGUCUGUCUACAUCCGAGUGCUCCCGGGCGAGUAUGACGGCCUGCUGGAGUGGCCGUUCCCUCACCGUGUCACCUUCUCACUGCUGGACCAGAGCGACCCAGCGCUCUCCAAACCUCAGCACGUCACCGAGAGCUUCAGCCCAGAUCCCAAUUGGAAGAACUUCCAGAGACCUCGACCUGGAGCAAUGGGGAGCAUACGAACGACCUGUCUGGACGAGAGCAUGUUGGGAUUCGGGUAUCCUAAGUUCAUCUCGCAAGAGCAGAUGAAGGAAAGGAACUACAUCAGAGACAACGCCAUCUUUAUCAAAGCUUCUAUAGACGUGGUGAAGAGAAUCAUCAAGUGAGAUGAACUUGAGGUAAAGGAGUCGAUUGAGUCAAACAGCAUCCUGGCCCCCAAAAUUUCUUGAUGUAAUCCUUGAACUGCAAUCAGCAGCUGAAGAUUCUCCCAUUUUUGAGCUUCCUUGGAUAUUAAAAAAAUCUCUAUUUGAAGUCCGUUCCCCUGUCUGGAAGGGGUACCAAGUCAAACGUCUCAAAAUCAUUUUCGCUCUGGAUGUAUAACGACUAAAUGGUUAGUGAUUGGAGUCUGUGUGUUUAAGUGCGUGCUUGAGUUCAAUCAGCAAGGAUGUGGUAAAAACAUCAUUUGACUACAUACCACAAUAUUUUUUGUUACCGCCUUCUCAAACAGAAACCAUAGGGCAGCUUCUGUCCCCAUUUUUUCAAUGUAGGUACCUACUAUGCAUCAGAGCAAUAGUUUCUUUGAUCCAGAUCAAUCAAAAUAAGAUUUUGUCAUAUUUUAUAACGUAUUUUUUUCAGAAGCCAUUAACAUGUUUAGAUGUUACACCAAACAUCAGAACGUUCAUCACAAUUACAUUAGAAUUAGAUUAUUACAUUACAUGUUACAUUAGAAACUUAUUCUAAAAUAAUCGAAGGGUUGCCAAUUCUAUCUGAAUGCACUUCAUGUGCUAUUAUAUAAUGCACAAAUACUUCAGGAGUUUCAACAGACUACAACAUUGUUACUUCAGUCAAACUGCUUUGCACAGUGUUUUUUGAUCUUUGGUGUGGUUUUCUUAGUUAAACCACGCGCCUUCGUGUGAUCUAUGAUCAUAGCGCACGCAACAGAACAGCUUCAGAAACAUAAGUAAUAGUAGACGGGAAAAAAAUAGAAGUGAUUCCAGACAAGGCAAAGAAAAGAGGAAAGGAGGAUUUACCAGGGCAAGUAAAAUAAAUAAAACAAAAUUAAAUAAAUCACAUAAAAUAAGACUACAAUUUAGUCGUGAAGUAUAGGCAUGCUUUUAAUUCUAAAGCUCAAUACUGAUCUAACACUGAAGGAGGUUAUUAUCAUUAUAGGGGUGUGAUAGAAAGGAUUCUAUUUAUUUAUUUAUUGUAAUUCUUUAAUUAUUCAUUUGUGUGAUAAAGUUCGAUGUAAGAUUUUAACAUAACUAAUAUUUUUCCAGUUAUCCUUUACUAUAUCCUCUAUUAUCAUCAUCCACAUAUUAGCAGAAGGUCUUUCGCUACAAUAAAGAUGGUCCCAGAUCAUAAAAAAAAUCUAAUCAUAUUACAUCACAUCGCAGAAGAUCGAUUUUUCAAAAAUUUUGGUUAUUAACUCCAAAACAUUUUUUUAUUGCAAACACUUCACUUAUUUUAUAAUUUUUUUUUAAUCUCCUCACACCUCUUUUCU